ACUCCAUGAAAGACAAGCCAAAAGACCCAGCUGAAAGCCUCUACUCAACAUGGACCUCCACAAAGGUUUUAAUAUGCUUCCUCCUCUUGAUCUCUUUCAGCUACAUCUGCUACUCUCUGAAACUUCUCCACCCAUAUAUAUGUACCCAACAAUCUCAAUUCCCCCAUUUACAAUCCCACUCUUUCGUACCCCAACCUAAUACAAUCCCACCAAGCCAAGAACCCAAGACAAACAUCUCCCACAUCGUUUUUGGCAUUGCAGCCUCAGCCAAUCUCUGGCCUCACAGAAAGAACUACAUCAAGCUAUGGUGGAGACCAGACCAAAUGAGAGGCCAUGUUUGGCUAGACCAACCCGUAAAAACAGAAUCCAAUGACACCCUUUUACCGCCGUUCAAAAUCUCAGGUGACACUACCGGCUUCAAGUACACUAACCCAAAGCGUCGCCGCUCGGCUAUAAGAAUCUCCCGGAUUGUUUCCGAGAGUUUCAGGCUGGGGAUGGAGAAUGUGAGGUGGUUUGUGUUGGGGGACGACGACACCGUUUUCGUGGCCGAGAAUCUGGUCAGGGUUUUGCAGAAGUAUGAUCAUAACCAGUUUUACUAUAUCGGAGGAACGUCGGAGAGUCACUUACAGAACAUAAGGUUUUCGUAUAAUAUGGCUUAUGGUGGAGGUGGGAUUGCUAUAAGUUACCCUCUAGCAAAAACACUAGAGAAAAUGCAGGACAGGUGUAUUCAGAGGUACCCUGAUUUGUACGGCUCCGAUGAUCGACUUCAGGCUUGUAUGGCUGAGAUUGGUGUUCCUCUAACCAAAGAAAAAGGGUUUCACCAGUUUGAUGUAUACGGGAGCUUGUUCGGCCUCCUAGCAGCUCAUCCAGUCGCACCCCUAGUGUCACUACACCACCUAGAUGUGGUUGAACCCAUCUUCCCCAACAUGGACAGGAUCCAUGCCCUCCAACGGCUCGAGCUCUCAAUAAAGCUCGACUCGGCAGGGCUCGCGCAACAAUCCAUUUGCUACGACAUCAACCGGUCCUGGACCGUAUCUGUUUCAUGGGGCUACGCAGUUCAAAUAUUUCGAGGUAUUUCCUCGGCUCGAGAAAUCGAACUGCCGCCCAGGACCUUCCUCAACUGGUACAAGAAAGCUGAUCAUACUUCCUACCCGUUCAAUACGGCCCCCGUCAGUAGGCAUGCAUGUCAAGAACCGUUUGUGUAUUACUUGUCUAAUGCUAUCUACAAUAGAAGUACAAAUCAAACAACUACAGAGUAUCUUCGACAUCAAACACGAAUGCCAGAAUGCAAUUGGAAGUUGGCAAAUCCCUCUCGGAUUCACAAAGUGCUCGUUCUUAAAUCCUCCGACCCGCAUUUAUGGGACAAGCUUGUGAUUCGUUUUAUUCCUUUUGAAAAAUCAUGCUUUGCGUUUGUGAAUGCUAUUGAGGUUGUUUCUGCGCCUAAGGACCUUGUUGCUGACACUGCAAUGUAUGUGAGUGAUGGUAAAGUUUCGGGUUUUGAUGGGUUGGCUAGGCAAGCGAUUCAAGUUGUGCAUAGGGUUAAUGUGGGAGGGAGCAAAGUGACGCCGUUUAAUGAUAGUUUGUGGAGGACUUGGAGUACUGAUGAGGGGUUUUUCCAUUCGGGUUUAGGGUCGGAGAGGGUGUAUUUUGGGGGGAGGAUUAAGUAUCAGGCUGGAAGGGCUAGCCGGGAGGUUGGUCCGGAUAAUGUGUAUAAUACAGCGAGGUUGAUUCGCAGUAGGAAUAAUUCGGUUGCGAAUGUGAACAUGACAUGGGUGUUUCCUGCUGUUGGGGGGUAUAAGUAUUUGGUGAGGUUGCAUUUCUGUGAUAUUGCUAGUAGUUCGCUUGGUUUGCUGUAUUUCAAUGUUUAUGUGAAUGGGAAGUUGGCGUAUGAGGAUUUGGAUUUGUCCAAGGCUGCGAAUUAUAUGUUGGCUUCUCCGUUUUAUGCGGAUUUCGUGGUUGAUGGGGAUGAUUCGUAUUCUUUGAGUGUGAGUGUAGGGCCGUCGAAGGCCAGUAUGCCGUAUGCUGUUGAUGGUAUAUUGAAUGGUGUUGAGAUCAUGAAGUUGAAUAACUCGGUUGGGAGUCUUGAUGGGGAGCAUUGUGCAGAGUGGGUUUUGAGGAGUUGGCCAAGAGGACAUGUUAGUGUGUUGGUUCCUCUAGUUGCUGCUGCUUGUGUGCUGCUUAGCUUGUCUAUGGUAACACGGAGGAGGAUCAUGAAGAAGAAGGAAUCUGUGGCAUGGACGAAGCUGCCUGUGGAUGUUUCAGAAGUUAAUGCUAAUUAAGCUUUGAAAUACACAUCAAUCGGUUAAGUUGGAAAGCACUUGAAGAUCGAUGAAAUAGCAGCUGUGGUGCUUUAAAGAGUGUAAUCUUAUUGCUUACCUUGUAUAGUGAUGCAGUAGUCUGAAGUUCUAUAAGUAUCUGGCAACAUUUGGUGUAGUAUCACACUUAAUACUUAAAUACACGCAGUAGUUUGGGCAUGCUUGCUUUUCUUACUGCUUUAACCUUCAGAUGUUUUGAUCUGAUCUUUGCUUUCCUUAAUUAUAUAAAUUACUUCAAUGUAAUUCUUUCCUGUUAGUUUGCAGUUGAGACUUUCAGAAUAACAGAAUCUGGUUCUCUAUCUUUUCAUUUGAGAAGUUAUAUUCAAUGGCUAGUAUAUUACAGCUUACUUU